AAGAAGGACAGUUUAAUUAGUUUUUUCCGUUUUCCGAGUAACCCGCAAACCAGGAAGGCGUGGACACACUAUUGUAAGAGAUGGGACUUCCUACCAAGCACUGGUCAUAGACUUUGUUCCGCCCACUUUACACAUGCAUGUUACGAUCGUGACCCAGAAGUUAUGAAGAAUCUCGAGGGCUGUCCUACCACAAAACUCCGUCCAAAUGCGGUACCUGACAUUCCAUUGACACAACCAACAACAGCUGAGCCAAGGCCACCUAUACCUAAGCGGGGAGCUUAUGAGAAGCGGAGAAAGGCUGAGAUCCUACAGCUUGCAUAUGACAACUAUGAACGAGACACGGAAUGUGUACAACUACAAGUACCAGACAGUACCACAGAACCAGAACCAGAACUGCCAACCUCCAAUGUUACAGAGAAGAAUACAUCCAAAGUUACCAUGGUUACACAGACAACUCCACCACCAUCUCCAAAAGCAGUAAAACACAAGAAAAGCCAAUCCUAGCUCCGUCCACAACAACGUACCAGGAAACAUCAAACAGAUCUUAAAAUUACACAACCUUCAGCAACAUACAGUACAAUUGCUACUCAGACUGAUGAUGACAUUACAAAAUGUACAUGUGCCAGUAUUGUAACUACAACAACUAACAUCAAUUCAGCCCAAAACUCUGACGACGAUGAGGUUUCCAGCCAUGCAGAUAGUGAUGAGGAGUACCAACCCUCAGAUGAUGACCAGA